ACCAUUUUUCUAAUCCAAUACGAGAAGUUCCAGAAGUGGAUGGCCGCUAUUUCUGUCCAGUUACCAAAACCUGGUCGACCUUUAACCAUAGGGUUUGAAACUCGCUAGUCCGCGUUUAAUGUUUUUCAUGUUUGAAUAAGCUCCGGACCGUCUCGCUCCUCUCUCCUCUACUUCAAACUGCGUUUGCAGAUCGACUUUCUCUCUCCUUUGCUUUUUUGCAUACCUUCGUCUGGAUCUGCAGAUGUGCACUUUGUUGAUGUCACUAUCGCUUUCCUUCUCUGCCUACGUUUCGCAUUCUAAAGCUCAGUUCAUCUAUGGGUUUUUUGUGCGACAAGGUAGCUCCUGCCUCGUCUUAGUUAGAAUAUAAUGAGUUGGAGAGCGUAUUCUGGAGAGAGUUGUCGUCGUGUGGGAAUUGGGGUAUGCAACUUUACCUAUUUGUCAAGAAACUAUGGAAGGUGACAGGAAAAUCCACACUCCACAAGAUGAGCUUGGCGAUGGUGAUCAGAAAACGCGACCUCUGCAUGGGAGGACAAGUGGUCCUACAAGGCGUUCUACCAAAGGCCAAUGGACACCAGAAGAGGAUGAGGUUUUGCAGAAGGCUGUUCAGCGUUUUAAAGGAAAGAACUGGAAAAAAAUAGCGGAGUGUUUCAAGGACCGUACUGAUGUCCAAUGCCUACAUAGGUGGCAGAAAGUCUUGAAUCCAGAGCUUGUCAAAGGUCCAUGGUCUAAGGAGGAGGAUGAAGUAAUUAUUAAAUUGGUGAACAAGCAUGGUCCAAAAAAAUGGUCCACCAUUGCACAGCAUUUACCUGGACGUAUUGGUAAGCAAUGUCGUGAAAGGUGGCAUAAUCAUCUUAAUCCUGCUAUAAACAAAGAAGCAUGGACCCAGGAAGAGGAACUGGCUUUGAUUCAUGCACAUCAGAUUUACGGGAACAAAUGGGCAGAGCUAGCAAAGUUAUUACCAGGAAGGUCAGACAAUGCCAUAAAAAAUCAUUGGAACAGUUCUGUAAAAAAGAAAUUGGAUUCUUAUCUGGCAUCAGGUUUACUUGCUCAGAUCCCAGCCCUUCCUCUUGUUGGACAUCAAAAUCAACACAUGCUUUCAUCAUCUUUAAGGAUGCAGAGUAGUGGAGAUGAUAGUGGUCUCAAAGGAAUAGAAGCAGAGGAAAUAUUGGAAUGCAGUCAAGACUCAACUAUUGCAGUUUGCUUUAAGUCUUCAAGUGAAAUGGCCAAUUCAGUUUUACAUACGAGAGAGGAAUUCAUGUUAACUCAAGGAUCUGGUUCAGCAAAGGAACAAAGCUUGAGCCCACCAUCUUGUUCCGACCAAUAUUACACAUCUCUGGAAGACUUUUCAAUUCCCGAGUUUACUUGUGACGCAGAUUGCUCUGACAAAUUUCUUCACCAAAACUUCUCGCAUGAUGCUGAAACUUCUGCUGGCAGGGAUUACCAGUUUAGUCUGCAUGCAUUACCAGAUAUAUCGUCAUUGGAAGUGGGACAGGAGUCAUCACAGUUGCAAACACAUUGUAUACUAUACACUAAUGAAAGCCAUGAAAUGAUGAAUAUUGCUUGUCGAACUUCAGAGGAGUUGAGAGCUUCUACUUCAAUGGGGGAUAUAGCCAUGGAUUCUUAUAAACAAGAGCCAGUGCUGAUACCCGAUGAUGAAUGUUGUAGAGUUCUAUUUUCAGAGGCAUUAAAUGAUGGUGUUUUCUGUGGAAGUCUCACAAAAGGCUCCAAUAUAGUUCCCUCAGGUGGAUGCACUGAUUCAUUUUGUUGCCAAUCAUUAAGCAGCAUUAUACCUGAAGCUGGUGGAAGUUCAGCUGUACAAUUUUAUUGUUCUUCGGGGUCUCUAAUGGUAACUCCAUGCUCUCAGCCUGGGUCCCUAUGUUCGCUUCAAUCUGUUGAUUGUGGUGCAGUUCUCUACAGUGACGAACCAAAUCGGUUAUUUGAAACUCAAGAACAUGGGUUUGUCACUAGUGCCCAUGAUGGCUUUAUCUAUACCAAUGACUCUGCCGAUCCUCCUUGCAAUAGUGACAUAGAUGACACAGGAAUGCAAGAGCAACCAGAUAUUUUAAAGGAACCUUCAAAAUUAGUCCCUGUAAAUAGUUUUGGUUCUGGAUCAGAUAUCACAGAGACGUGUCAUUCCAUGUGUGGAAGACCAGAACAUCAAGAUGCUGGAGCACUAUGUUAUGAACCCCCUCGUUUUCCAAGCUUGGAUAUUCCAUUUUUAAGCUGUGAUCUGAUACAAUCUGGCGGUGACACGCAACAAGAAUAUAGCCCACUUGGUAUUCGCAGGCUUAUGAUGUCUUCCAUGAACUGCGUUACCCCAUUUAGGUUGUGGGAUUCACCAUCUCGUGAUAAUAGCCCUGAUGCCGUGCUGAAAAGUGCUGCUAAGACCUUCACUGGUACACCGUCCAUAUUGAAGAAACGACACCGCGAGUUAUUGUCACCAUUAUCUGAUAGAAGAAGUGACAAAAAGCUUGAGAUUGACAUGACAUCCAGAUUGACCAAAGAUUUUUCUCGCUUGGAUGUUAUGUUUGAUGAAAGUGGGACACAGAAAGCACCUUUACUCUCUCCAUCGCCCAAUUGUAAAAGGAGUUCUGGAGCCUCCCCUGAGGAUAAAGAAAAUUUCAAUCAUGCCUUUAAAGGGGUCAAGGGAAAGGGAAGAGAUGGCAUUGCAUCUUCUGCUGAUAGUAAUUCGCAAGAAAAUAUAAAGCGGGCGACUGUUGAUGUUGAUAUUAAGAACAUGGCUGAUAUUGAAUCUGCUGCCCAUGUUGUCCAGCAGCCUUCUGGUGUCCUUGUUGAACAUAACAUGAAUGAUCUGCUUUUACAUUCUCCAGACCAAGUUGGUUCAAAAGCAGACAGGUUGUUAGGUUCAAGUGCUAGAACUCCAAGGAAUCAACAACCUAGAAGCUUGGCAGCUGCAUCAAAGCAAGGCAUUUCUAGUACUUUAUCUUCUGGAAAUCCCCGGGCACCUGUUAAGUCCCCUGCUGUUUGUGGGAAGAAGCACGGAAGUCAUUCAGUUGUAGUUACAUGCGUACUGUCUGCUUCUUCAUCAGCUCCCCUGGAGACUACUGGUCAUAAUGUUCGGAAUGAUGCUGGUGUUGAAACCUUUAGCAUAUUCGGUGGAACUCCAUUUAAAAGAAGUAUUGAAUCCCCUUCAGCAUGGAAAUCCCCUUGGUUCAUCAAUUCUUUUCUGCCGGGCCCAAGGGUUGAUACUGAAAUUGCAAUUGAGGAUAUAGGGUAUUUUAUGAGCCCAGGGGAUAGAAGCUAUGAUGCCAUUGGGUUGAUGAAACAUAUAAGCGAGCACAGUGGUACUGCAUAUGCCAAUGCUCAGGAGGUUUUGGGAAAUGAAACUCCAAAAACAUUACAAAAGGGAACAUGCAACAACCAUGGGAAUAUGGACCAAGAGAAAACUCCCCACAAUCGCCGUUCCCACUUGGCACCAACCGUAUUGACGGAGUGUCGAACCCUUGACUUCAGUGAAUGUGGAACACCUGGGAAGGGAACAGAAAAUAGCAAAUCCUCCAAUGCUGUAGUAAGCUUCUCAAGUCCCUCUUCUUAUCUGUUAAAGGGAUGCAGAUAGCGGUUUCCUUGUAGGGUUGGAGUCAAGAUAUUUUAUACAUAUAUAAUCUUCUUCUUUUUUUCUCUUCUUUUUCCCCCUUUUAUAAUUCUUCCUCUUUUGCUGCACUACUCUUAAAAAUUAUGUUCCCUCAUUUCUCAUUGCCUCUUAAAAAAGAGGAUGCAUUUA